CGAUAUUCGCUCUCGCUCUUGAUCCAGUGGUUCGUGCCCUAUCCUGCGCCCUGCCAGAGCCAAGCUGCUGUUUGUGCUGUUUCGCCGACGACAUUAUGCACGGUUCGCGCGACCUUUUUGAGAGUGUACCCGCUGUGCUGAUCAUCAUGAACCAGUGCGGUUUGGCUACGGGCCUCUACCUGAACAACAAGAAAACGGUAAUCGUGUUCAUGGCCUCGUACUCGGAACAGUAUAUUCGAGAUCGAUUCGACGAAUUGGGAGUAGAUCUGGCAAGUAUUCAGGUCAGAGUCAACGGGAAGUAUCUGGGGAUAUACCUAGGGCGAGGAGGGGAUGAACUAAGUUGGCAGGACCCGAGGAUUAAGUACGUAAGGAGGGUGAGGGAACUUAGAGGUCUCGGCAUGAGUUUCGUCGAAAACAUUUUGUGCUCUAAGACCUUGGCGGUGCCGGUCACCCAGUUCGUGGGCCAGUUCUUUGAGCCCCCGCCAGCAUUGUUCCGUCUGGAGGACGAGUGCCUUCAGUUGCUGGUGAACGGCCCGAGGCACGCGGUACCGCGAGCCGUGUUCUUGGAUCUUGAGAAUAUUGGCAUCAAAGUGAAGGAAUCCUGUCUGUAUCAGUUGAACCAGGUGAUGAGUUUCCUGGACGGUAUCCCAGAGAUUCCCGAGGACCCCGAGAAGAAAG